UGGCCAAUUUUGAAAAUAAUCUGAUAAACAAAACAUAGAUUUUGCGUUUAUUUGUACGACGCUAUUUUAGAAGAAGAAAAAAAAGACGAAAUAAGAUGUUAUUGUUACUGAUAUUGUUAUUCCAGAUAUCUUAUCGUAUGGGGAUCAGCGGAGCAACAGUCUGUCCAGAUGACAAAGCGUGGUCCAAUAGAGCAAAAACAUUUUGUUCGUCGACUCCUCGUGAUUAUCAUUGUAUAUAUGAUAUAGAAUGUCAACUUAUAGAAGAUUGUAGACCAAGUCAAACAAAUGAUAGGAUUACACUUUACUUUGUUGAACAAAAUACUGAACUAUUCAACAUUAAGACAGUGCCUGUUAUGUCAACAAAUAGUUCAAAUUAUCACAAACUGCAAUAUAUAACUUUAUGUAGGAGUAAUUUGAAUCAUGUUCAAAAUUCAUCGCCUAGUAGGAAAAAUGAUAGUUAUAAGAUAUGCUGUAUCGCAGAAUCUGUUAUACUUGGUCUUUUAGUAAUAGGAGCCAUAUGGAAAUAUAGACAAAUGCAAUAUCAAGAGAGUGAAGCAAGUAGGAAAUUAAUAGAAAAAGAUUGUGAGAUAGAGAGAUUAAAAAGAGAAAACUGUGAUUUCAAGGAACAAUUAGAUCAGCUUAAAGAAGAGAAAAACUAUAUCGAGGAACAACUAGUACGGCUCAAAGAAAUGAAUGGAGAAAAGCCCGCCGUCGAAAACCGCUUUACGCAAGAAAGUUCACCAGUAAGACAGACAUUUGGAGAUUUUCAGGAAACUGAAAUCUUAAUAUCAUAGAUAGGAUCAUUUGAAAAAUGAAAAUACGAAAGCUAGUUAAUUGGUUGGUUGAUUGGUUGUCUCUCUGGUUGUUUGUUGAUUAGUUGGGUACAUUGCAAGGAGUGUAAAAGUAUUUCCGUGAUUUCUACGGAUUCUAAAUGAGAACAAUUCUACGAAUUCUAUUGGGAACAAUUCAUGAAGAAUUCGAGAAAAAAAAAUCCAAACUGUUCACUGGAUGGAUUUUAACUUAAGCAUGUCAGUGAUACUCAUAAUAGAGUGGUCAUUAUGAAAGGCUGAUAAUGACUUCUGAAAUUAUCUUAUUGUCUCGGGUUCUGCAUUUUAAAAUUCAACUAUCUUUUUUGUAUUCAAUGUAAACAUGCAUGAUUAUAUCUGGGGUUUUUAUGUGUGUGCGUGUGUGUGUGUGUGUGUAUACUUUAUGUCAUAAACAUGCAUAUCUUGUUUGUAAUUUAUGAAAUAAACAUGUCUCGAGUACGACA